AUGGUUAAACUAACUCCCUCUCCUGUAUCUGUAAGUAAAAAUCCCAUUUCAAACUUUUUCCCUUGCGACAUUAAAGUCUUUGGCGAGCACCACCAGUCAGCCGAGCAUGCUUAUCAGUUGACGAAAGCGCUACGUGCAGGUAAUUUAGUUGCAGCUGAGAAGGUAAGAAACGCUCCCACAGCACUCGAUGCUAAAAAGAUAGGAAAUUCCAUAACGGACCCGGAGGGUUGGAGCGAGCAAAAACUGGAAAUAAUGGAGGAAAUCGUGUCUGCAAAAGCUGAACAAAUAACUUUAAUGCGAGAAAAACUUGAAGCCUCUAAUGCUAAUACAAUUUUUGCCGAGUCCACUGUUGACGUGUACUGGGGUACAGGCUUGGAUACCAUCGGCACAACUCAAACAGAACCAUCAAAAUGGCCAGGUGAAAACAAACUUGGAGUCAUCGUCCAAAAAAUUGCUGCCAAAUAUACUAGAAAACUCAGGAGCGCCUCCGUGCCUAGGAAAGGCUCUCAAACCGAGGACAGUCAAAAGAAACUUGAUACAUUUCUCCGAGAUUUGAAAAAAAAUAAAAAGAAAAAUGAAAAAGAAUCUGCUACAAAAUGAUGUGAGUUAACAAUCUCCCCGACCAAAUGAAUAAAAACUCUUUAUCAUUCCUCUCCUUAAAUGUGAGAGGCCUAAAUACUUAUAAAAAGAGAGUAACACUUUUUGAGUGGUUGAAAGAUUCCAAUUUUGAUAUAGUCCUUUUACAAGAAACACAUUUUGUUAAAGAACAUGAAUUUAUAUACAAUUCCCGAUGGUUUGGAAACAAACUUCAUUGCUUUUCUGACUCCGUAUAUAGUAGGGGCGUUUCACUAUUUUUCAAGCAAAACCUUUCCGUUGAAAUAUUAAAUUAUCAUCAGUCUCUUGAUGGAAGAAGAUUAUUGGUUAACUUGAAAUAUAAUGAAAAAAUUACAACAAUUGUGAAUGUUUAUGCACCUAACGCUGAACACUCUAGAAUUGCAUUUUUUAAAAGAUUAUUAUCUUGGGUAAGUCAAUAUGCUAUGAAUAUAGAAGGGCUCGUUGUUUGUGGUGACUUUAAUUGUCAAUUAGACUGUA